UUAAGUAUAUACUGUGGUUGAAAACGAAGAUUGUUCUCGAUUAAACUUAAAUUAUUACAAUAUAUUUUUAACCAUGCUCAGGAAAAAUCAAUAGUUUAAUGGAGCUAUUUCAAGAAAAAAAAACAACAACAAAAACCAAUCCUCAUUUUUACUGGUUAAUUUAAUAAGCCGGAGUUAUUAUAAAUACAUACACGUUUUGUGAUUUGUAUUAAAAAAAUAUUUAUAUAAAAUGUUUUGCUGGGGCAAUGCAACUCAUCAUGAACUCUGUAUUGAAUGUCCCGGCAACCUUGACCUGGUAAUAAAGCCAACAUUAUCAAAAUGGAAGGAGAGCAGCCAUAUUCAACAAAUCUCAGCUGGAGAGUUCCAUACAUUGUAUUUAUCAAAUAAUGGUCAUUUGUACACAUGCGGCAGUAAUGAAGUCGGCCAACUCGGCAGACAGACUAAUUCAGCUGAUGGAACAUCUCCAGUUUUAGUAGACACAUUUAAGGGAUGCACAUUAUCAACUAUAGCUUGUGGCUUACAACAUUCAAUGGCACUUGAUGAAUGGGGGCAACCAUUUAGUUGGGGUUCUGACAGUAUGGGUCAAUUGGGUAGCAACUUAGGUUCACACGCCCAAGAUAAACCUAAAAUUAUAAAAACCCUGGCUACAAAAAAUGUGAUUCAAGUUGCUUGCGGAUCCUACCACACAGUAGUCUUAACAAAUAAUGGUGAUCUUUAUGCAUGGGGAGCUAACAGUUAUGGUCAAUGUGGUCUGGGAAACAGAUCAAACAAGGAAACCACCCCACAGGCCUUAUCAUCUAUACUCGGAAUACCAAUAGCACUGAUUGCUUGUGGCAGUAACCACACUUUUGCCUUAUCACAGUCGGGUGCUGUUUUUGGAUGGGGUAAAAAUAGUCAUGGACAACUGGGCUUGCAAGAUAGAGAAAGUAGGUGCUAUCCAACACAUUUGAAGACAUUAAGAAAUGUUAAGGUUUGUCAUAUAUCAUGCGGCGAGGAUUUUACAGCGUUCUUGACUCUAGACGGAGGUGUCUUCACGUGCGGUGCCGGCGAGUACGGUCAAACCGGACACGGUAAUACUAAGGACGAACUGGUACCGAGGAAGGUGAUGGAACUGAUGGGUAGCACAGUCACUCAGGUCGCGUGCGGCCGUCGACACAUGUUAUGCCGCGUGGGGGAGCGUAUCCUGGCGUGUGGGUACGGAGCCCGGGGUCAAUUGGGAUGUCCGCACAUGGCCUUCGCCCUCGUCCCAACACCAGUGACCUUCACGCCAAAUGACGAGUCUCCAACUGAACCCUGUGGGAAGGAUCAGCCAAGGAAGAAAUCCAAGAUGGAGAGUUCUGUGGUAUUGCAUAAGUCUGGUGCCGGCACCUCCAAACUUAAUUUCUCACCAGAGAUAUUCAGUGGUCCGGUGAAGGUGUUUGCUGGUGGAGAUCACAGCUUCCUUAUUCUGAACAGUGAGAAAUCUCCGGCAGACAGUCGAGUGGCCGAUGCCAGUAAACAAAUACUGUCACUUAGUAAUGCCAAGCUCGUCCCAUGUCUGGUGUUCAAGAAUAACGAUGUCGUUAGUCAGGACUUAAUGGCCUACCUGGAGACGGUAUUCGGCUCAUUGGGUUGUAUCAAUAGUUCUUUUCUGUUGCCUCAAAAUGGACACUUUGGUUGCAACACUAAGGUGCCAGGUGUUGAUUUAAAGAAAGCUGAGGAGGCUUUUACAUUGAUUAGUAGAAUUGAGAAUUUAACUAUACAGGAACUGAUAUUCAACAAUUUAACGGAGAAUAUUAUAAAGAAAGUGAAGGUGUCCCCACCAGAUGCAGAGGCCUUGAGAGUUUUCUUAUUACUGCCACUAUACCAUGAGAUGAGGAAUCCUCGCAGACAUCCUGAGCUCCAGGGUCCAUUCGCUGAGGCUUUCAACAAUUUAUCGACUCACCCUCAGCGUAUAGUGCAGUUGUGGUGGGAGGCUCAGUCUACUGAUUACUUUGAGAUGCUGGUUGACAUCUUUAAGAGCGUCAUCGUGUACGAGCUCAUGCAGCCGGUGGUUAGAACCAUUAAGAAAAUCUAUUUCACCAAGAGCAUGGUCCAGAUAUUAAACACGUUGACAUCAUUGAAUAAAAUAAAUUUCACGAAUCCAAAGAAUCCCAAGAUACCAGCUGAGUGUUUCUAUAUUGAGAACCUUUGUAACUACGUCGACAUCGCAGCAGACUAUAUCAACUGGCUGUCGGAUCAAGACUCGUCCCAGCCACAUCUGUGUAACUACGCGUUCCUGUUUGAUGUCCAAUGCAAAUCUCUACUAUUGAAAAUCGAUCAGCAAGUGCAAAUGCAAAUCGCCGUGAAUCUGGUGACAACACAAAUAUUCUCACGUCUCUUUAUGGAUCCGACUUACGAAUAUCAAAGGGAUCAAUUUCUCAUAUUGACAGUGUCGAGAAAUCAUUUAGUAAGGGACACGAUGCUGCAAAUAAGCAAUCAUGAUACAUCCCAAUUGAAGAAACCUCUAAGAGUAGAAUUUGUAGGCGAAGAGGCCGAGGACGCUGGUGGCGUUAAAAAGGAAUUCUUUAUGUUAUUAUUAAAAGAAAUAUUCGAUCCAGUGUACGGAAUGUUCAAACAGUCGGAGGAGACGAAUAUGAUAUGGUUCUCAAACAACCCCUUCGAGGACGAGGUCAUGUACUACUUGAUAGGAGCUAUAUACGGUCUAGCGAUAUACAAUUCAAUAAUCAUCUACGUACCAUUCCCACUAGUGCUGUACAAGAAACUGUUAGGUGAAUCUGUUAUGUUAGACGACCUAUCUGAUCUGUAUCCGACGCUGGCCAGCAAUCUGAAACACUUAUUGGAUUAUCCCGACGAGGAUGUCGAAGAGGUGUUCAGUUUGUGUUUCGCUGUGAACACUGAGGUCUUCGAUCAAAUACAAGUUCAUCCUCUCAAGAAGAAUGGUGAGAACAUUUCAGUGACACAUGAGAAUAAGAACGAGUAUGUUGAUCUGUACGUUGAUUUUCUUCUGAACAAAUCUGUGGAAAACCAGUUCAGAGCUUUCAAUCAAGGAUUUCAAAAGGUAUGUGGCGGUAGAAUAAUAAAGCUCUUCAGAUCCCACGAGUUACAGUCCGUGGUGAUAGGGAACGAGGAAUACGACUGGGAGAUGUUUGAGAACAACUGCGAGUACAAGAACGGGUACACGGCUACUGACCCGCAGAUAAGAUGGUUCUGGGAGGUUUUCCACGAGCUGCCGCUAGAAGAUAAAAAGAAAUUCCUAUUAUUCCUUACUGGCAGUGACCGCGUUCCCAUUCAAGGAAUGAGAGACAUAAAGAUAAGGAUCCAGCCAGUAGCUGACGACAGAUUCUUCCCAGUGGCUCACACGUGCUUCAACCUUCUAGACCUCCCUCGAUACCAGACCAAAGAAAGACUCAAAUAUCACUUACUGAUGGCGAUACAACAGACGCAGGGUUUCUCGCUAGUAUAGACGCAAACCAAUUUUUAUUUUAUCAAAGAUAAAAAAAAAGGGAUUUAGUAAAUCUUUCUUAAAGACCUAUGAACUAACAGAUUUUUUUAUCUAUGACAUAGAUUAAAAAUUUCUAACAUAACAUUGCCAUUGCUCAAUGUUUAUUUAUCUGUAACAAAACAAACGGCCAUUAUUAUUUAGGAAAAGGUUAUUUUGGUAUAUUAUUCAAAAAAAAAAAAACAGGAAAAUUUUGAUUCUAUAAAUUAAAGACUUUCUAAAUAAAUGUUUACAGAUAAUAAUAUGUAGUUAUAAAUAAUCUGCAUUUAAAUGUGAAAAAUAUAUUAAUUGUAUUUAUAGCUGUUUUAAAUUUAUCUCUUAUGUUGAAUUGAAAAACAUGAGUUGAAUGAGUUUGAAAGAACGUAAUGACAUGAUUUUAUUUAGGUUUAUACUUUGUUAAAUUAAUGUGAUAGAUAAGGCUCUGUUGAAGAUCAUGUGUUUUUUUUUUUGUUAGGACAUGUCAUAAUUAUUUGAAAAUUAUUAUUAAAACAAUGUAAUGUAUUUCAGUCACAAAAAAAAAUGUUGUAUAAAUUAUUAUUAUAAGAAAAAUGGCUUGGAUGAAAACAAUGAAGGAUUGGGCCUUUAAAAUUCGAAGUUGUUAACUCCCCUGUGGAAAAAGUCUUAUAAAUUCUGAUACAAAACAGCUAACUGGGUAUCAGAAAUUAUCAGUGAAAAAAAUAUUUAUAAUAUUGAAAAAAAUUUCUGAUACAGAUUUCUAUAAGAAUUUAUCAGUUAUGAGAAUUUAUGAGACCGUUUCCACAGGGUCAUUCUUAGCAACGAUAAUGUUCUUAAAUAAAACGAAUGUGAUUUUUUUUUAGAAAUAAUUAUUUUUUGAAAUAACUGUUAUUAUAACUUUAAAUAAAUCAGAAUUGUAUAUA